GAAAUUAUCAUUGUAUAGGUGAAAAUGAAGAAACUUUAUUUCGAUUAUUUGAAAUACCCAAAGAUAAGAAAGAUUUGAUCAUAAAUGCGGAUAGUGCAAUUCAAACAUAUUGGACUCAUAUUCAUAAUGAUCCUUCUUAUGCUUCUCUGAAAUUUAAGGAAUUUAAUUAUUUAUCUUCAGGUAUCUUAUGA